GCACUUUAGGAUGGGGCCAUGCAACUCGCGCGAAUCAAAUCAUAGCCGACAUACUUCGGCUACCUGCUGGACAUAGGGUGUAUGUGGUGUCAAACGCUACGGAUUUCAUCUUCCAAGGCGUCAUCAAGAUUGGUGCAGUGUAUCGCCAUUCGCUCAUAGAUGCCGGAGUCGUACAACCACUAGCUUACACUGUCGAUAGAGAAGAAACCAUCCAGCAGCUUACAACUUUCCUCGAGCACAGACCAGACACCAUCGCAAAAGAAGUCAAAUGGCUGAAAGAAGUGGGAGCAGACUGUGUUGUCUGCGAUGCACCCUUCUUGCCUUGGUAAGUUACCGAAAUAGUUCAUCUGCAGAAAGUGGUGGAUCUCAUAUUGAAACUUUCCUUUUUUGUUACAUAGCGCUGCCGCUGCCGUUGCAGGCAUUCCGGCGGCUAUCGCAAGUAAUUUUACAUUUGAUGAAGUGUAUGAAGGACUUUGUGAAGGAGAUGAAUUGGAUGAAGAAAUCCGCAAGCUGAAUCGGCAGGUGAUAAGCGACUAUCGCAACGCAGAUUUACUCGUUCGCUUACCCGGAGCUAUAC